AUGGGUAAAAUAGAUAUAUUAAAUGUAACAGCUUCUAGAAAGAUUGGAUUAAUUGAUUCUAAUAGAUCAUUAUCCGAAUACUUUAAAGAUGGAGCAAACUAUUUAAAACAAGCAGGUCAAUAUAAGAGAAUUAAUGAUUAUGAAAAUUGCUAUAUUUAUUUACAAGCCUAUGAAUUAUUGGUUUGUCAUAGAUUACCAUCAGAACAUGCACAAUUUAAUGAUCCAAAUUAUGCUAAAGAGUAUGAAUAUAAUGCUCAGAAAUUACCAACUGUUCAAGAAGAAAAGAGACAAAUAUUAGAAGAAAUAUUUAAGAAAUAUCCAGAAGAACGUUCUUCAGUGAAUAAUGUUGUUAAUAGUGGUCAAUUACCACCUCCUUCUUUUAAGAAAGUUCCACCUCCACUUCCACAAUCACUUCUUCAACAACAACAAACUCAAAAAUCUUCAACUCCACCUCCUUUCAUUCCAAAACCACAAUCAUCACUUCCUCCACCUCCAGUUAAUAAUAAUGUUGUUAACAAUUAUAAUUAUAAUAAUAGUAAUACAGUAGUAUCACAACAGCAACCACAACAACAAUCAAGAAGUGGCAGUAUUUUGAGUAGUUUUUCAAACUUGUCACUUGGUGGUAGCAGUAGCAAUAGUGGUAACAACAGUCAUAGCAGUAGUGGUAGUGGAAGAGCUCCACCACCAUUACCAAAGAAAACCUAUAAAGAAGAUACCUCUGACUUGACAGAAAAUGAAAAGAAGGUUUAUAGUGGAGUUGGUAAAGUAGUUCAUAAUGACCAAGUUCAAGAAAAAGUGGGUCAAGGAGUUGCCAAUUUUGCAAACAAUGAAAAAGUUCAAGAAAGAGUUGGAUCAGCAGUUUCUAAUGCUUCAAAUAAUAGAGAAUAUCAAAAAUCAGUUGGUAAUAUGAUUUCAAAGAAUACUGACAACAAACUUGUUUCAGGAUUUGCUCAAAAUGAACAAGUUCAACAAACAGUUGGUACAGCCAUUUCUAAAACUGUUGGUAAUAAGGAAUUCCAACAAAAAGCAGGAACAGCAAUUGCUAAUGCAGCAACCAAUAAGGAGGUUCAAAAAAAGGUUGCUUCUGGAUUCAUGACACUUGCUAAGGGAGCUGUUAAAGGUGGAAAAGCAGCCUCAUCUCUGGCUGUUCAAGGAGGUAAAGCUUAUUUAGAAAAUCAAAAGAAUCAACAAAAUGAUCAUGAUUCAGAUGAUGAUAUGUUACAAUAUCAACAAUAA